UGUACCAGAAACUAGUAUGGAACCUCUAAGUGAAGGGAAGCCUUCUCAGACUCACAAAACUAAGGAAAGAGUUUCAUGCAAAGACAGUGGAUUUGACAAACCUGCUGAAUUUCAUGAUCAAAGUGAUAGCAUAAAAACUGAGAAAAGGCAGAAAAGAAACGACAAAUCGAACUCUAGCUCGACAGAAGUAGAGUUUCUGAAUAGCUCUAUCUUAGAACAACACACAAUUGUGCUUGAAAGUGAUAAUGAAUUUGCCGAUGAUCAAAGUGAUGCUCCUACUGAGUCUCAUGAUCCUAAGAGCGAUAAGUCAGUCCAUUUUGAAGAUAGCAGCUUUGUAGAAGGGGGUCAAGCUGCAACAGGUGGUGAACAGAAAAGUAGUCAGAAAGUAGAUUCCUCUCAAUCUUCUGGUAAAGCUGAGAAACAAAUUAAAGAGAGAAAUAGUUCUCAUAAUAAGAAGAGUAAACCACAAUCUAGCAUUGAUAAUGGAGACAUUCCCAUUCAGAAAUUUAACAAUUUAAGAAACAUCAAAACAGCUUUAGACAAGUCUAGAAUAGUAAAUAAAACUCAAGAUGGAUUAGAUGAGUCUCAGGAAAAGAAUCAUAAACUAAGCCAAAUAAAAAGGAAGGAGCUAGAAAUUUCUCCUUUAGGAGAAUAUCUAAAGGACGAAAUCUUUUUAACACCAAAUUCAUCCUCUAAAAAUCUUGAUGCCUCUUAUGCUCUUCCUGCUGACACAAAAAGUAUCAGCCAAUGAACUCUCGAACUUCAAACCCCCUCCUCUAAACCCACCAAGAGUCCUACUUCCCCACCUAUCCGACCCCCUUCCGUCCAAUUAGCCUCCAAAGCUUGCCAAAUUUCAUCAUCUCAGGCUAAAACUCCCUUAAAACCCCAAAAACCUCCACUUACCACUCAAACAACCCAGACCAUUCCCAUUCCUUCAUCCUUUAACAAAGCCAGCAAGGCUAGCAUGCCUGCUACCUCCAGCAUCCAACUAAGCGGAGGCCAGAAGGACAAUACUUCUAGUUCAGAAAUCCCCAAACCAGACCAUAAGGAUCCUCCGAGACGUGGUAAAAAGAAACCCUUUGAGUAUAAGAAAGGUAGGAGUAAGCAUCAGAAUGUUGGGGCUUCAUCUCAGAUAAGUGAAGAGAAGAAGAUGGAUGAAAGAAUAACACAUACAAGGGCAGAUAUCAGACCUCAUAAUGAUGAUUCCAUGCCAGACUUUAAGCAAAUAGAGAAUAAGUCUGUUGAGUAUUAUGCUCCAGCAGUGAGGAAGAUCAGUGAAGCAGAUGCCAAAGAAUCUUCUAUAGGGAUGCCUCAAGGAGUACAGAUAGAUUUAGGAUCAAGUGAGGUGGAAAAGAGAGCAGAUGAAGGAGACCAAGUGGAUUUAGGAGAGAGUGAGCAAGAGAGAGUUAAGGAGAAAGCAUCGGAAGGCGUACAGAUAGAUCUAGGAGAUAGCUCAACUAGGGUGCAGAGAAUGGGAAAGAAUAAUGCAUCUGAAGGUGUACAGAUUGAUUUAGGAGAUAGCUCUACAAGAGUACAAGCUGUUGGCAAAAAUAAUGCAUCUGAAGGAAUUCAAAUUGAUUUUGGGGAUAGUGAGAGUGAUAUACCUAUUGGGUUCACUAAUAAUAUCUCUGAAGGUAUUCAGAUAGAUUUUGGAGAUAGUUCUACUGAAACCAAGAGGAAGAGCCAAGAUAAUAUAUCAGAAGGAAUUCAAAUUGAUUUUGAAGAGGAAUCUGAACAAAUUCAGAGGUAUCCUAGAAAUAGAAUUUCGGAAGGAAUGCAAAUUGAUAUUGAUACUAGAUCACAAGGAAUUAAAGCACACCCUGAGCCUGGAGUAUCUGUUGGGAACCAAUAUGAUUUGAACAAUAAAAUAUCUCAAAGAAUUCAGAAACUCCCAGAAAGAACACAUAGACGAGGAAUACAAGCUGAUCCUUAUCCUACUAGAACUCAAGGAAUCCAAAUUUAUCCAGAUUCUACAAAAUCCCAAGGGUUACAAAUUAGUCCAGAGAAGAUGAAAUCAGAAGGAUUCCAGAUUCGCCCUGAACCUCAAAAAUGAGAAGGAGUACAGAUGUCAGCAAUAUCUGUAACUUCUGAGGGUAACCAAGUUGGAACUUCCAUUCUAACUCCAGUCUCAUAUAUCUCAGUUGGAAAUAAAGGAAUCCAAUUUGAUGCAGACAAUUAUAAUAGAUCUAUCCAAGCAGAUGAGCAACCCCUCAAGGACAUAGACAUUCAAUGAGACCGUUCUGAGAAUGAGAAGGAAAUUCAAGCUGACCCAGAAUAUAUUUCAAGAGGCCAAUCUGCUGGGAGUGGGUCACUACUAAGUCCAUUCAGAGCAAACGAAGUUGAAGAUUACCAUUACCACAGACCUAUUUCUCGUGAUUCAAACCUCAUUGAUUUUAGCUGACAGUUUUCAUACCAUACUGUAGAAUCUACUGAGGGAGAAAUUAAUAUUAGCAAGUGCUAACCUUAACUCUUUAGAUCCUGAAAUUGAGUCAGAAGAAACAGAAGAAAGAACGUUAACCCAAUCGGUUCCUGAAAGUCUUAGCUCCCAUCCUGACCAGCUUGGAGAGUCAGGAGAAGAGGAGCGUCAAACUGUCAUUCCAAUUCCAAUUGAAAGUGUUGCUCCAGAGUCAGAGAGUGCAAGUUCAGAGCCUCAGUCUUUCCUCUCAUUACCUGAAAGCUUGAGCU